AUAAUUUCAGAAUGAAUGUGUUUAAGUUCUAUCACAUAGAGGUAAAUGUGCAUCAUUUUUUGUUCUUUGUUAGGUGGUAAAUGCUGUCUUGCUAAUUGUUGCCAUGCCAUGUUACUAGGCAGGAUGUUGCUAAAUUAUCAUGCCUGCAUUUAGUCAAUACAGCAUCAAUGGAUGAUCACUCCAUUGUCAAAAGAGCAACCCUGAACUAUUCUCUGCUGUGCAUAUCAAGGUCCUUCAUUCUUCAGUGACUUCAGAGGUGAGAAGAGUCUUUAAGUGCUUCAGAUAUCUCUCGCCAUGUGCUUCUUCUUAUAGAAAAGAAUCAACAUCAUUGGUAGUAGUGAACAUGUGAUCAGUUUUGUCUUUGUUGCCCAAUCAGCACAAGUCUUAUCUCUGAAGAGUAAAGAAUGUAACGGGGUCUGUGUCAUUCAACACGACAAUUUCAACAUGAUGACAUCUCCAAAGUUUUUUUUCUGUCUGACUUGUUUGUUCUUAGGAAAACUGGCUCUGAUGAGCAAUUUCAUCCAGUCCACAACUGUUCAUCAAGACACUGCAUUUAUAUCAGCUAAUGUUGGAGACAACUUGACUUUGAGAUGUUUCUAUGACAGUGAUGCUGUAAAGUAUUACUGGUAUAAACAAACACUCGGACAGAAGCUACAACCUAUCUCUAAUACCUAUAAGUUUGAUAAAAGUGGCAAUUUUCAUGAUGAAUUCAAGGACAAUCCACGCUUCACACUGGAAACCAAUGCUGGUAUGAAUCACCUAAAAAUCUCAGAUGUACAACCUUCAGACUCAGCCACUUACUACUGUGCAAGAGAUUAUUUAUUUAUGUUUGAAUUUGCGGAAGGAACUAUUGUCAGUGUAAAGGGUUCAGGUUUGAACAUCCAGGCUUUGGUCCAUCAGUCAGAAUCUGAGACCAUCCAGCCAGGAGGCUCUGUGACUCUCAACUGUACAGUACACACUGGGACCUGUGAUGGAGAACACAGUGUUUACUGGUUCAAAAGCUCUGAAGAAUCUCAUCCAGGACUCAUUUACACCCAUGGAGACAGGAAUGAUCAGUGUGAGAGGAAACCCAACACACAAACACACACCUGUGUCUACAACUUGCCAAUGAAGAACCUGAAUCUUUCUCAUGCUGGGACCUACUACUGUGCUGUUGCCUCAUGUGGACACAUACUGUUUGGAAAUGGAACCAAGCUGGACAUUGAAGAUGAAGACUCUCCUGUCUCUGUGCAUUUCCUGGGUGGAGCUGUCACAUUUACCACCAUUCUAAGUGUUUUACUGGCUUUCUCAGUGUGUGUGAUAAACAACGGAAGAAGCUGCCUUUGUACAGAGUCUUCUGCAAGAUUUUCUGAUCCCUCCGAACUCAACACAGAGGACUCCCAAAAUGAAGACAAUCUCUAUUACAAUGUUGUAAGGGAGAACAAGAUCAACAGGAGAAGACGACAGAAGGACGACACCUGCAGUGAAUGUGUGUACUUCAGUGUGAGGCAGUAGAGCUGAGCAAUGUUCAUCUUUUAUCUCUGUGUGACAGAACAUGACCUAAUGUUGACUCUUUUAAAAUGUAACGUGGAUGUUGUAAAGUUUUGUAAACAUGAUUUCACUUAAAUAUGAUGAAGUCCAGCUUUCCAAUAAACUCAUCAAACAA